AUGACCUUCACCAAGCUCAUCAUUGCCGGAAGUACCGGCUACGUGGCCGACCAUGCGCUUCGAGCCAUCUCAGCCUCGACAACGCCCAAGUUUGACGUCACUAUCCUGACUCGUGUUGAUAGUGGCAAGGUACCAUCGUCUGCACCGGGUGCAAAGAUUAUUCCAGUCGACUACAAUGACCACAGCGCCCUUGUACGCGCUGUCAUGGGAGCCGAUGCAAUUCUCUCUUUUAUAUCCGGUCCUCCGUCGAAGGUUAUCGACCUUCUGUUGCUUAAAGCAGCACAGGAGGCUGGGGUCAGACGCAUUUUUCCAUCCGAGUACACUUUAGAUGUCCUCCACCCGAAGCAAGUGUCUCUUUUCACUGAGGGUGGUGAUUGGCCGGAAGAUACUUCGCCAGUAGUUACUGCACGCAAGUUCCUUGCCCUCGCUGACGAAGAGGGGCCUACAAGCUUCACAACGCUUUUAUCAUCUGCCUUUAUUGACGCAUGGCUGGAGGGCAACUUUGGCUCGUUUGAUCCCCUGAACCAAAAAGUAACAGUGAUUGACAGCGGCGAUCACUACUUCUCUGGAUGUUCGUUGCCCUUCCUCGGGGCGGCCAUUGUUGCCGUACUUCAGAUGGACGAGGGAAAGACCAAGAACAGACGUAUUCCAAUCGCCGAGUUGCAGAUGACCAUGAACCAAGUUGCGGAUGCCUAUAAUGAGGCAACUGGCGUCAAAUUUGAGAGACUUCGCGUCACGUCUCAACAAUUGAUUCAGCAGCGCAACGCAAGCCUCGAGGCUGGGAGUCCUUUAGAUGCACUUUUCAUCGCUACUCACUUAGGUGCUUUUGAUGGGAGCGGGGCGGCUGAUCUCAAGGAUGGCUUGGAGUUCGAUGGUGAUGGGUUUUUGAAUGUGAGGAGACAGACUCUCAUGGGAAUAGCGGUCAAAGCUUUACAAAAGGUGGGAGCGGCCUGA